AUGGAGAAGACAAUGGCUAAGUGUGCAAAGCAUGGGGCAGCUGCGCAGAUGUUGACUGCAUACAAUACGAUCCCAUUUGAUUUGGAUGACCUUUUCCGGACCGUUGAGACUUGCUACAAUGAUUCUACUUGCCAAUUGGUGGAGAAGGUUGAGAACCAAGCCAACCUCUUUGCGAAGAAUAUCUUGGCCAUGAAGCUUCCAAAGUACAAUGAUGACUCAAACAUUGAAGAGCAUGAGAAAGACAAACAACUGCUUUCUUGCCAGAAAGUUGCAGAAGCUUCGAACUUGGUCAGCAAGAUCAAGUCCUUUCUGGCUGCUGUUCAGAAGUGCUGCGUUGAGAUUGCUGGCCUGGAACCGGACAUGUCUGAAGUCAAAGAUGCAUUGGACAUUGGACGGCUGUUUGUCUACUCUUUCACUGUGGUUACAAUCCUGCACAGUCCAUUGUGGAAGACUGUAACCCCAGAGGCUGUGAACAAAAAAGACAGCAGAGCUGCACGCUUGGUCGAGGACUUGAACUUUGCACUCAAGUCGGUGAAGAACGAUCGCAUCGCAUUGCCUGAUUCCCUUUUGGCAAGGUCCACUGAGAUGCUGAAGCGCGCAGGCAUUGAGGUGGACUCAGGGCAGUGA